AUGUCUGACAUAGAAGAAACAAUAAAUAGAAUCAAAACCCAUAAAUCAGUAUAAGGAAUAGUUAUUUGUAAUAAUGAUGGUCAAAUCAUACGCAGUACUUAUGGAACUGAGAGCAAAGAAGGUGAAAAUAUUGCAAGAACAAUUCCAACUUUAGCAGCCAAAGCCAAGUAAGUUACUCAAAUUCAUCUGCAGAUCAACUGUUAGAGACCUAGAUCCUAUGAAUGAAUUGACGUUUCUACGUAUAAAGUCUAAGAAUAAUGAAAUAAUGGUAGCUCCAGAUAAGGAAUUCUUGUUGAUUGUCGUUUAAGGACCAAAAGAGGAAAAAAAAGAAGAAGAAUGA